AUGGCAGCACCAUAAAAACAUACCUCUCUCUUUCUUCCGGUUGCCAACACAAGGCAAGAUGCGUUCCGUUACAUUGAAGGAUGUCGAACAAGAUAAGGUGGUCAAAUUUGUGGCUGCCCACUUGAAGAAAACUGGCAAAGUCAAGGUGCCAGAACACAUGGACCUGGUCAAGACUGGUCGUUUCAAGGAGCUGGCUCCAUAUGACCCAGAUUGGUUCUAUGUGCGGUGUGCUGCUGUGCUUCGGCAUAUAUACAUCCGUUCCCCUGUUGGAGUCAAGACUGUCACUAAGAUCUUUGGUGGUCGUAAACGUAAUGGUGUCACACCCUCACAUUUCUGCAGAUCAUCAGGCAGUAUUGCACGCAAAGCUCUUCAAGCUCUCGAAGCACUGAAGCUGGUAGAGAAGGUCCCUGACGGUGGCCGCAUUCUUACGACUCAGGGUCGCCGUGACCUUGACAGAAUCGCUGCUCAGGUUCGCCUCAAGGCCAAGCAGGCAGCCAAGCAGCAAGUCAUCGUUCUUAUUGUUCAUUUUAUGAGUUUGUUCGGAUGUAUUUGGACAUGCAGUGAAUACAAAAUGUUGGUGGCAUUUGGACGUUGCGUUGUUUUUAUAGUGCUUGGAAAUCUGUUAUCGUAUGCAUUAAGCGUGCAACAUGACGACAAGUCAUUGUACGUGGCACAGGAACCUGUGGCGAAUGGACGAUUUGUGAUAAAUAGGGGUGAGGAUACACCGCACCUAGAAAGGCAAAAACGGGAUGCAUCAACAUCACCGCCGGCGGCGUUACAGAAAAACAUAAGUACUUGGACCACCCACUUAAAUGACAGUCAUCAGCAAUUAAUGGUACAUUGGGUGGGCGAAGGGUCAAAUGUCAUCAUCUGUUUGGCCCGAGACUCCAGCCCCAGAAACAAAGGAGCUAUUUCAUCGUCAGCUCUCUUCAUCUCAUAUGACUAUGGAAAGAACUUCACCAAUAAAACUGAAAGCUUCAAGUUGGAUGAUACACCUAACAGUGGAUAUGCACAGUUGGAUAAAUUCUUCAACCAUCCUAAAUAUCCUGAAUUUUGUGUCUUCGUGGAUUCGACGAACAAAAAACUGUUCUACACCAGUGAUAAUGGACGUACGAUCAGUAGAUCCGACUUGAGUUUCCAUCCAAGUGAGCUGGCAUUUGACGAGGAAUUCCCCGACAAAUACGUUAUUUUGGAUAAAGUCGAUAGCAAUAGGAAGCUCUUCCUAACACUUGACGGAGGAAAGACUUUUAAACAUAUUCAAAGCUACGUGAAGUCCUUCUUCUGGUCUGCGGGUGUGGACUUCCCCAAACAGUUCUACGUGGAAAGGUGGAAGCCCGAUAAGACGAGUACUGUAUUGACUGCUAGCGAUCCCGUGGACAUUGGCAAUGCAAAGAAGCUGUUUGAAGACGCCAAAGACUUCCAGAUCAAAGGAGACUAUAUGUUUGCCACGAAGCAAUCAAAAGAGAAAAACACACUCGAUCUCUACAUCUCACAUCAACGAGGACCCUUCUUCAAAGCUGAAUUCCAAACAGAGCUUGACUUAAGGAAGUUCCAUAUUGCAGACGUUACUGACAAACGUAUAUUUGUCUCUGUCAUGCAUACUGAAAACCUUGCCAACUUGUAUGUGUCAGAAAUAAGCCAUAACUUCACGCAAUACAAUUUCGUUCUGAGUAUGGAGAGGAUACUUUGUUACUUCCCUGAUGGAAAUUGGAAGGACAGUUGGUUGGAAGACGUCACGGAAGAUCCGUUCACGGAUCUCUACCGCGUGGAAGGUCUCAAGGGCAUUUACAUAGCUUCCAAAGUGGAUUCUGCAGCUGCUGUCUCCAACAUUGGACCUGAACACUUGGUCUCUUUGAUCACCUUUAACCAUGGUGUUACUUGGGCGCCAAUCAACCCUCCUACUGAGGAUGAAAAUGGCAAGCCACUGAACUGUCACAUCGAGAAUGGGUGCAGUCUACACUUGUGUCAGAAGUUCAGCCAACUGUAUCCUGUCACGAGCCCUCCUGGAAAUGUUACCAAUAGGUAUUUCAGAUCCGCCAGUAUCAUGAGCUCAAAGUCAGCACCAGGCAUCAUUAUGGCAACAGGAGUUAUGGGAAAAUCUCUUAAAGGCAUUCCAGGAGUAUACAUCAGUCGGGACGCAGGUCUUACUUGGAAGAGGAUUCUCAAAGACUAUUAUUUCUUUAACUAUGGAGACCAUGGAGGCGUCUUAGUGGCUGUGAAGUAUUUCAAGUCUCGUGGAGAAACUCGGAAGAUAUUGUAUUCAACUAAUGAGGGUAUCGAAUGGAAUUCAUACCAGUUCCAUGCCGAUGACCUUAGGAUAUACGGCUUAAUGACGGAGCCCGGAGAAAACACAACCACCUUUACUAUGUUCGGAUCGGCCAACGACCAGCACCAGUGGAUCAUUAUCACUAUAGAUCUCUUCAAUACUUUUGCGAGGAAUUGUACUCAAGAAGACUAUAAAUUCUGGUCACCCUCACCACCCAAUUCUACAGUAUCUUGCGUUUUAGGCCAAAGAGACACUUUCCAAAGACGUCUAGCUCAUACCAAUUGUUAUAAUGGAAUCACAUAUGAGAGACCAGUUAAGAAACAAGUCUGUGAAUGUAGUAGACGAGAUUUUGAAUGCGAUUUCGGUUUCAUGCUCUCUGGGAACGAAUGUAUUCGUAACAAGAGUGUUAAAUUCGAUCCUUAUGCGAUUCCGGCUGAAUGCGUACCUGGCGUUUUCUACAAGCGGACUAAAGGAUACAGAAAAAUUGACGGUGAUGUGUGUGUUACCUCAGGCUAUCUGCCAUACGCCUCAGACAUGAUUCCGUGCCCUAUCGACGAACCGCAAGAAUUUCUUAUAGUUGCUUUGAGAGAUAAAAUAGCACGUAUAGAUUUAUCCGAUAAUUCUACAAUAUUUCCGGUUAAGGGACAGAAGAAUAUUGUCGCUAUUGAGUUUGAUAUGAAGAAUAAUUGCAUAUAUUGGGCUGAUAUAGAGUUAGAUAAGAUAAGUCGGCAGUGUUUUAAUAACGGAACAAUUCAAGAAGUCGUCGUUGAUACCGACUUAGCGAGUAUUGAAGGUAUGGCUUUGGAUUGGAUAUCUAAUGUCUUGUAUUUCGUGGACGGUUUGAGGAAGAAAAUUGAGGCUGUUCGAACUGAUUUGUUGAUGUCGGGUAGGAUGCGGGCUACAAUUUUGGACUACAAAGUCCUUUCUAAACCACGAGGUAUCACUGUUCAUCCGAAAGCCGGAUAUUUGUUCUGGACGGACUGGGAUAGGAAUAACCCAUCCGUUUCAAGGUCAAACCUAGAUGGCACUGAUGUUAAGGUACUUUUCACAAAACCGAUAGUUCAGUGGCCUAACGGAAUAACCAUUGAUCAAAUGUCUGAAAGAAUUUACUGGGUAGAUGCUAUGGAAGACUACAUCGCCAGCGCUGAUCUGAAUGGUCAGUACUUUAAAAAGAUUCUAGUGAAUGAUGAGAGAGUAUCUCAUCCUUUCGCUGUAGCAGUUUUGAAAGAUAAAAUGUAUUGGGAUGAUUGGAAAGAGAAGUCCAUAUUUAUAUCUGACAAAGACACAGGAACUAAUAUUAUAACGAUCAACGAUUCCUUCUCUGGACUUAUGGAUUUGAAAGUGUUUGCUCAUUUCAUUCAACACGGUAGUAAUGCGUGCUCGUACAAAAAUACUAGCUGUGAUACUUUGUGCCUUGGGAGGCCGAAUAACGGCUUCAGUUGCCUGUGUCCUGAUGGAUUCGUCAAGAAUAGUAAUGGAAAGUGCAUGUGCCCGAAUGGUAUGGAGCCAGCGCAGAAUAUGACAUGCCCUAAGAAAUCCGGUUCUGCUACUUGUGACCCUGAUCAAUUCACUUGUAAGAACGGAAUGUGUAUAGCAAAGAACUGGCGAUGCGAUGGUAACAACGACUGUGGUGACUUGUCAGAUGAAGUGGGAUGCCAAUGUACACCGCCCAUGAUCCCUUGUGAUGACAACCGUUGCUAUUUGCCUCGCUGGCGUUGUGACGGCGACAUUGACUGUGCUGAUAUGAGCGAUGAGAAAGAUUGCGGCAGCGCUAACUGCACUGAAAACCAAUUCCAAUGCGGCAACGGUCAAUGUAUCGAGAAGAAAUGGGUGUGCGAUGGAGACGCCGACUGCAAGGAUGGUUCAGAUGAACGCAACUGCACUGUUCAUCCAAAACGACCAGACACAGUCAACUGCUCAGUUCACGGUUUUGCGUGCGGAAACGACUCUAACGCCCUCUGUAUACCGAGUUCGUGGGUUUGUGACGGCGAGAGAGAUUGUCCAGGCGGCGAUGACGAAAAAGCGGAAAAAUGCAAGAAUUCUGUGUGUGCGGCUGGCAUGUUUAGAUGUCCUAGUGGAAAAUGCAUAUUCAGCUCUUGGGUGUGUGACGGCGAGAACGACUGCGGCGACGACGAAUUAUCCGAUGAAAGAGACUGCGCAGCACAUCCGAACUUUUCGAAAAUCCUACCUUCAGUUAAAACAGAAAAACCUGUGGAGUUCUCCAAUAACGCCACUUGUCUAGACUGGAUGUUCAAAUGCGAUAAUGGCAACUGUCUACCGUAUUGGUGGAGAUGUGACAGCAUCAAUGAUUGUGGUGAUAAUUCAGAUGAAGUUGGUUGCGGCAUCGACCCUGAAACCAGCUCUGUGUCGCCGGAACAUGACGGUACGAAGCGGACGUGCGGUAAAAACCAGUUUACUUGUUUACCUGGAGUUUGUAUACCUCUACAAUGGGUAUGCGACACAGCGGAAGACUGCGCUGACGGGUUGGACGAGCGUGGUUGCCACGACCACAUCAUCGCCGGCGGCCAUGUUUGCGCCGCGGAUGAGACUCAAUGUUCGGAUGGCCAAAUGUGCAUAUUGAAUUCGAAACUGUGUGAUGGGAAGAUCGAUUGUCCGGAUGCCAGUGACGAGUUGCGCUGCAGAGGAUCUAGUACCCACAAGAUAGUAGUUGACUGUCGUCGCGGUUACUUCAUGUGCGACGAUGGAACACAGUGCAUCCCGCAAAAUUUCGUUUGCAACGGUCACCAGGAUUGUUAUGACGGCACCGACGAGGUCAACUGCACCAGCACCAAUGAUACAAAUAGAAUUUAUCAGUUCCUGAGCGUUGGUGUAGACCAAUCGUCAAUAAAUUCCACGAGUUUCUUGAUCUCAUGCUGGAUGGCUCAGCAGAAGAUGGUGCAGUAUCGAUUCCUGCCGUCCAUUGCGAAGGUCAGCGACGGUGUUUGGAAGAAUAUGACUUGGACUAAUGAUAGUAUUUACAGAUUCACGGGUCUAGAGCCAUUUACGAACUACAAUGUGACGUUCUACAUACAAGACAGUAAAUCAAAUAAGAUCUAUCCUUCUAUGAAAUAUGUCAACACCACCACUGGCGAAGGAGUACCAUCACCUCCACUACACAUCGGCGUUCGUCAAAUGAUCGGCAGUCAAGUGGACGUACUCUGGGACCCACCGGCCGAACCUCGCGGCAUCAUCAAGUCUUACACCGUUCACUACUCGCCACCUCUCCCGCCCAACACUAAAAGCGUCUCUGCACCGAAGACUGGACCCAAUAAGUUCAAAUCUCUUAUCGUGUCUGGAUUCUUUAAGCCGGGAGUAAAUUACUCUUUCUGGGUGACAGCACAAAACAAUGCAUACGAAUCGGAGCCGUCGGAAGUAAUGUAUCUCAUAUUUGACGACAUCAGUGACGUUGACGAUUUGACUAACGUCAGCAUGUCGCGACCCAACGACACAACUGUGUAUCUUGAGUGGCACAGAAUUAAAGGCAUCGAGGGGUACUAUAUUCGCGUCGAACUUCCUAAGGAAUACGAAAGUCCAGAAGUGAUUACGACUAAAAACAAUAACGUUACACUAACGAAACUACCUCUUGGCGUGCCAAUAUACAUCGACAUAAUCGCUUACAAGGAUAACUACCGCGGAAACCCAUUCACAAUUCCCCUACCCGUCAGAGGAAUACCAGACGAAAGUAUUAACAUUACAGCGAAGUUGCUUAAGAGUACAGGAACUUCAGUGGAAUUAUCAUGGUCACCUCCAACGGGUGACAGGUAUAAGGACAAAGAGUUGGAGUACCAAGUUCACUAUUCUGAGCUAAGGAAAAUUGGCAUUCUCUACACUGGUAGAAGAGAUUCAAUGAAGUUCUAUACCAAGAAUACAUCAGCGCUGAUUGAAGGUCUAAAGGCGUGUGAGAGCUACAUGUUCACGGCGGGCUUACGUAAUGGCCCACUUGCUUUACCGAUAGAAAUAGUUACUCGCGAAAAUCCUGCAGCACCAAUAAAGAAUUUGUACUUCGUAUUCAACAAGGAUAAAACGCAGAUGACUAUCAACUGGAACGCCAAUUGCGAUGUGAUUCGAGAGCCUGUUACGUAUAUGAUGAAAAUCACAGAAGAAACUCGAAACAAAACGAGUUAUUAUUCGCUGAAUCCUACAGAAAACACGACUUUGAAUCAUAUUAUUUACAAUGUGCCAGUUGGAGGCAGAUACAAUGUUUGCAUCAAUGCGGAUAUUCCUGGUGCCGCUGUGACGUGCGAGCGCGUGCGUUCCCGCAGCAUUCCGCCUCCCGACGGCGUAGUCGCGUGGCAGUUGCAAAACGGACAGGUCAUGGUCGUGUGGCAUCAUCGCGAGGACGCCAACGUACCUGUGCACAAAUAUGAGGUAAUAGUGUCAGAGAAAGAAAUCCCGGAGGACCUACUACACGUGGAAGCAGACAUGCAAAGCACAAUCGUCCAGAAAUCACCUACUAUGCUCUCGACCUAUAGCACGAAGAGCCCUCUGUACGUCAGCAUACGCGCUGUCACCGAUGACGGAUAUUAUAGCGAUCUUAGUGAAGUUCAUACAUUGAAGAUGGAGGGCGCGGAAGUAGUGGCGGCUCGGACGUCCAUGGGCGCCAUCUGGUGGGGCGCUGGGGCUGCUAUUAUAGUAGGCGUCGCUCUAGGAGGGGCGCUAGUGCAUCUUGCGUUACGUCAUCGACGGUUGACUCGGUCUUUCCUGCGGUUCACUUCGGCGACGCCACGAUAUGACAGUCGUCGUGGACAGGCUACUAUCGGAGACCACGACGAUGACGACGUGCCACCCAUCCACGGGUUCGCCGACGACGAGCCGCUCGUGAUCGCAUGAGCGGCAAGCCGAGGCGCUCGCUGACCCUGCAACAAUGUGAUUUUACCGUGAUCUUGUCAUAACAAUUAGUAUUUUUAUAAUUAUAUUCGCGCUUGGAAGCUGGUUUACAUGCUUGGCAGUUUUUACCUAUGUUUUUCCUUAAUUUUUGUUACGAUUAAGCAUCGCUUGACAGAAGAGGACAAAUACUGGUGCAGCACUAGAACAUUCAUGUUUUAAUCACUGUUGACAUUGUUCUCGUUAGCGGAACCGCUACAGUGCAAAUUUAAGCAGUUAAAUUGUGAACCAGUUUUUAGAUGUGUGUGUUAGUAAAAUUUGUGCAUUUUUAGUCAUCGUUUGUUUUGUGGUUGUUGAAAGCGCAGUCGCAUUAAAGGAACACAAAAAGAGCAAAAUUAUGAUAUGUAUAAAAUAACCCAGUAAAUGAUGACUCAGGCGACUAUCACAAAACAACUUAGCGUGUAAUCAUACUACUACCUAUUUAAAAUUGCCCAGAGUAUUAUUAUGUUACUUCGAUAAGUUUCUAGUGUUGAUAAAUGGACUUUAAUUGUCUAUAUUUAAUUGAACAUUUUUAAAGCCGCUAGGAUAAAAAUAAAUUUAUUUUUAUGUUAGCGCUUUUUGUAACAAAUAUAAAUAAAAUAUUGAAUAAAAUUUAGACAAUGUAAAAGGGCUGUAAUUUGUAAGACUUGUUAAUUUUCUGUGAGUUCGUUUUAUAUUCGGUUUUUAUUAUUUGCUCAUUACAAAAUGUUGUAGAUAGAUUUAAUACGUUUUAAUACGUUUUAUAACCGUAGCUAUCUCAUUUAUUUUAUACGUGUUCGACACCAAAGAUUGUCGUAAGUACAAUUUUUUUUUGUAAAAUUCUAAUGUGUGUUGAACUUUAUUAUAUAUAGAAAAAGAGGUAAUAAACAUAACAUUUUGUGUAGAAAAACAUUUUGUUAGUAGAUUUCGACAUUCCCCACAUUGUGCAUACGUUUUUUAAUGUAAUAUUUUAGUUCCUAUAAGUAAUAUUUAGCGCCGAGAUGGUCUUUGCGAUCAGUCGACAUUUACUCUGUUGUAUUUUAAAGUUAUGAAUUUUUAUC